CGCUCGCUCGCAGUAGUACCGCGGCGAUCCUCGGGUAAGGAGCAUCCGUCGUUGUCUGCCCAUCGUUGUCGCGCAUCGGUGUCCCCGUGCCGUGGCGAAAAGGGGGAUUCGCGGCGGAUGAGGAGGCCGCGCGCCCGUCGUGAAACGUGAGAACCUCUCCCGCUCUCCGUGACCAAAUUCGUGCGCGUCGCCGUCGCCGUCGUCGCGGCGCCUCCUCGGCCGAGAGGCCGAAUCCGCGCCUCCUGCUGAGCGAUCGCAGCCCAGUACGGAAAAGAAGUAAUCUCGUCGCACCUGUAUCGCUCGGCGCUCACCCUCCUCCUCCCUGCCGCGCGUUUUGCGAUUCGCAAUACGAAAUUGUAAUCUUAGCCCGCGAUGUCUGUGUGAUACGUACGUGUGCGAGGUGUUUCCCCGAGUAUUCCUGUCCACUUUGGUCGUCCCCCAUCCGCGCCAGCUCGGAGGAAAAAGGGUAGACGGAGGGUGGGAGCGAGACGUUGAAGGUGCAGUCGGAAAGAUGUCCCGUGGCACGUGGCACCGGUGGUCGGUGCUCUUGCUGCUCCUGCUCGCCACGAGAUUCCUCUCCGUGCACAGCCAAUGCGGAUCGUACGCCCAGGACCGGCAGGAGAAGCAGGACAAGCAGGACAAGCUGGCGCUUUACAAGGUCAUGCUGAGGACCUAUUGGUCGAGGGCGCGAUUCCCGCGACAUUAUCCAGAGUGGAAGCCUCCGGCGCAGUUCGGCAAGCUGAUCGGUCGAACGCACGACUCGACUUACACUCUGUAUAGAUUAGGCGAAAGACUGUCUACGGGCGCCAGAUUAUACGUAGAAACCGGAAGAGCCGAUGGAUUGGACGCGGAUGGAGACUCGCCCAACAGUCUUCACUCAUUCACGGGUCCCCCGAUUCCUCAAGGUGAAGGCACGAGCGUCACUCGAGCCUUUUUGGACGGCAAUCAUACUCUAAUUAGCAUUAUGGCGCGCAUCAAUCCCAGCCCCGAUUGGUUCGUAGGCGUGGAUUCCUUCCAACUGUGCGUCGAGGGCAAUUGGGUCGAUACCGUUACGGUGGAGCUCGACCCGUUGGACGGGGGCACGGAUAACGGCUUCACAUUCACGGCUGCCAACUGGCCGACGCAGCCCCAAGGAAUCGCUUACAGGAUCACAUCCCGAUAUCCGGCACAUCCCGCGGGAAGCUUCUAUUAUCCGAAUCUACCUCGUCUACCGCCGAUAGCUACCCUCACAUUCACCAAGCUGCGCGAGUACACCCUGACCGAAUCGUAUCACGAAGACGAAGUCGAGGUGGAAUUCGUCAGUAAUGACAAUCUGCAAGCGAACAGCGAAGCUCCCAGAGGAAUCGAUCCGAACAGGGACCUAAAUGAGGCCAUAGCCGAGGAACGAAGGGAAAUGGACACCCAGAGAUACAGAUAUUGGAGUACGACCGGAAACGGUCAGCAAGUCGUGACGGACGUUCCGCGAGACAACAAGGCGGCGAUCAUCAACAGCAUCGUCACGUCGUACGCUUUGCAGAGACCGAGGUACACCGCGACCGCGAUACCGCGAACAUCGAAGGUCGCUGUCGACGGUAAAACGAGGUACAGCGAGACAGGAAAGUCCGACUGGCCGUACUACCAGACGUAUAGGCAAACAGCGGAAACGCAAAAGGCGCAAAUCUACGAGGAUAUUCAGAGAAAGAUUACCAACGUGUCGAAUGUGCCGAGUACAGGCUACUCAUUCGCGAACAACGUGACCAACCCGGCGGAUCAGCGCCAGCACAGAUUCAGAAUGAAGCAUCACGGAUUGACGUCCAAAGGCAAACGAGUUAGAACACGUGCACCGAGAGAUUGCAAGGUCGGCGAAUGGGGCCCGUGGAGCGCGUGCAGUCGCAGCUGCGGAGUGGGCGAGACCCAGAGGACGCGGAAGAUCACGAUAAAACCGCGCCGGGGUGGAGCACCCUGUCCGCCGUUGAAGGAGACCAAGUGGUGCGGUAGCGUCAAUCCGUGCUCGGAGAGUAAGCCGAUCAUCGACUAUCAUUGGUAGUCAUCGUCUGCAUCGGUCCCCUUCCACGAACACGUGUUGUACCAAAGUGACUCGCUCACGGACGAAAGGUCGUGUAAACCAAAGACGGGCGAAACGAGCGAGGAGUGACUUAUGCGAGAAACGCACGCUGGGACGCGAGUAUGAUUAAAUAUGGGGAAAUUCGAAUGAGAAUGGAAAAUGAUUAAGGGUUGGAGAGGAGUAUCUUUUUUAUAUCCUUUCUCAGUAGUCACACCGCAAUGACAUGACUAGAGGUUAUAGUUAUGGAACAUGCCAUAUUUUAGAAAGAGUAGCGAUCUGCGUGGUUUGACAAUAUGCGUCACAUGGAAAUUCAUAAACAAUAUCUGAUAUUUUAAGGUAUAAAAAAAUUUAAGUCACUGCUGCUUCCGCAGCGAUCACAUUGGCAUCGGACGAUAAUACACCGCGUGCAUUUACGCAGACGACUAUAAUGAUCAUCGUGCAUGACAUAAUUUCGCGUAAUCCCGUUGCUAUUAAAUCCUGUUUGAUGCGAGUGGCCGUGAUGAGGAAGAGCGUCGAGUAACAUAAUCGAACGGUAUAAUAUAUUUCAUUACAAUUAGUAUUCGCAGCCGUUGCAUAUUUUCGCGACAAACAAGCGGAGAAGCAUUAUCACAUACGGUGGCUUUAUUUUACUCGCUUGCAUUUAUUGUCGUUUGAUGUCACGUUUCGUCGUGCGAUACGUAUACAUAUAGGUAUAUACAUAUAUCGCUCGGACCACGAAUAUUGAAAACACAAAGAUUGCCAAAGAGAAAUUCGAAUAGCUGACUCGCGUCGUAUCGUGUUUCCGCGUGUAUCGCUAAAAUGCGUUUGAAGCUCGAUUUUCACUCAGAGCGCACGACGUUUCGAUCUUUUUUGUUUUUCGAAAUAAUUGAACAAUCGGCAUUGUUUGUCGAAUUUGUUAUGGCAAAUUUUACGACGAAAAACCCCCUGAAAUAACGUGAAAUAGCAUGUAUCUAUUUGGAACAUCUGUUUUGCUAAUGCAGAUUGAAUUAUGGAGUUUUAUCCUCGCGACGAUUCAGCUGCAAAUCUUACGGUAGACGAAAAAAUUAUCUAGACGUAUUAAUACACCUUCGAAAAUAUCAAAGAAAUCGUAAAUUCUUUUAAUUUAUAUAGUUUAACGUAUAUACACCGUCGACAUAGAAAAUUUAAGUUAAUUCCCGACUUUAUUCGCGUUAAAAGCGAGUUUAACGACUGUCGGGACGAGGUAAUAACAUACCUUGUCGUUGCACGCGAUCGAAAAAAGAAGUGAACCUUGGCAUAAUUGGAAAAUUGGCCCGACUUUCCGGAAGAAAAAUGUUAGAUGCAAUUAAGCUGACAGUUUAAUCGCCGGUACAAAUGACGGACCGUGGUACGAGUGCGGUGAUCGGCGAGCUGCACAUUCAGGUGCGAGAAUUUCUCGCUGAAAUUUAACCAUCGCGUGCAGCAGCGGAGUCUUGCCGAGAUUAAGCCGGCGUUUCCGAAACGUACUACGUUACUUAAAAGGAAGUUUUUAUCUGCCCGCUCCUUUCCAUCGCGGAACGAAAACAAUCGCGUACAAAAUUUCCAACCGGAUUCUCUUGGAUGAGAGUAUUACAUAAAUAAGAAUAAAACGAAAUUAAUGCCUAAACAAGAUGUUGAUUGAAAAAUUUAUUUUUCUUUAAUAUCCGUGCUUGUUAGUGUUUUUAGUUAUUAUAUUUUCAAGCUCUCUCAGCUUAUUUCUUUCUGCCAAUUUUACUGCCACAAAUCUUUUUUCAAGAAAUUUGACGAAACACCCUACGAUUUUUCGAAACGUUGUGCAAUAGUCAAAAAAUUAAAAUAUUUCGCCGAGAAAGAAGAGUACGAUCGAUGCCCGCGUAGAACGUAUCGGACAAACGUCAGGGCAAUUUUCAGCACGAGAUGCGCGUUCGCAUUAAAUCCCAAACAAUGUUUUCGCGUAGGGAUAUUUUUCGCAAAGCGUCUCCUCGCUCGACGAUAGCAUCGACGAAGAAUAUCGUAUAAAGAAGGAACCUGCAGCUCGGGCUCCGCAAACCGUUUUUUUUUUCUCCAUCGUCAUCGAGAGUGCUGCAUCUCUCUCAUUCUCUCGUCUGUCUCUCUUUCUCUCUCGUGGCGUGGUAGGGAAAUUUUUACAAAGAUAUCACAUCAGGUACGUCUUAGGUGAGUGUAUUAUAUCUUAGGCAUAAAUUUAACAAUAAUAAUUAAUAACUAACGUCUAAUCGUUAAUUAUUAGGUCCGUAUUAAUCGCGUUCGCGACACGGAGUUCGGCGUUGUUGCCGGCGGUGUGUGUGUGUGUGUGCGGAAUGCGAAAUUUAAGUUAUAAGAACGAACGAAAAGCAAUCUCGCUCUGGUGGACGGGUUUAAGGGUGCAACGCUGAAUUCUGUAUGCGACACGUACGUUGACGCACGGCUUGUCCUUCAUGUGUAGCAUCCAUGGCUGCUAUUCUCGUCGGACGUUUAUCGUUAAACGCAACUGGUCGAUCAUGAAAUUUGAUAUAAUUAAUUAAAUUAAAUAAAAUGUUAAAAAUAGCCGUAAUAUGUUUAGCAUGAAAAACGACGAACUUAACAAAUUCUCAACUUACGUGCGCGAGUUGCACUUGGCGCUAAACGUGCGACGAGGAUAAAAGUCUACUUAGAUGAAAUAUUUAUUACACCUCUAUACAACUUUUUAUUUCAAUUGAAACGUAUUAAUUUCCACCGAAAACUGAAAUGUGUCUGUUGCUGUGUGUGCCGCUACAAUUAAGUAUCGUGUAAAUUUUUGAAAUCAAUUUCAAGCGUGACGUAAUAGUAAUGAUUUCCCUGCUGCGUUUUAGCUCCCGCGAAACGCGAAAUAAGCACGCUGCGUAAAAUACAAAAAGAAUGGUACGAGCGGAAAAUGUAGCGUACUGUACAAACUCGCAUACUGCCGCAAGUAAUAUCUACGUUUGUUCAUCCCGCUGUAAACUGAUAUGAAAGGCCAAUCUUCGCGAUGGUAAUGGAUAAACACGGAGAGAGCUCGAUAACGCGUAAAAAUUUUCAAACGCAAAUUGCCGUGUGAUAUUGUAACGUAAUAGCUUCCACAAUUAUCUUAUACCCGACCUCUCAAAACUCCCACUACUAUAUUUUAAACGAUAAAUAAAGAUGCGAAAAAUCUGCACAUUUUUGGACAAUACUCACAUAGAGUAAGAUGAUAUAUCGUUUUUAUACAAAUACAGUUUCUGCUCGUGCUAAGAUCUUUUUUAAAUUUUCAAGCUAUUAAAGCUUUUCGUGCGAAACGUAAUCUCUAAAUGGAAAAGAUAGUUAGAAAACUCUCGCACGAUGGAAAUAAUAGCUGCCGGACAAAACUGGGUACAAAAACGAGCUGACCGCACCGUUAUCGAAAUUUUCCUCGAAGCACAACGUCGGACGUCGGCUUCGUCAAAAGACCUUCGUUAAAAUUACGAUAGUUCCCGGCACGCGUAUUACACAGGCGAGAUGUAUCGCCUAUCUUUUAAGCACAAAUGCAGGAAGCGCACGACGAGAGUAACCUUAAUUACGACGUUACUUAUGGCGUUCUCGUAUUACGUUAAAACCCGAUCGUUCGCGAUAAUUAGCGGCCGAUCUUCGCCAGAGAGAAUCCCUCGGAAGCCGUCGUUGGCGGGAACGCACGGUUGAGAUAAAAUAUCACGCCAGACUAAUCCCCGAGACCGAAAAUCUUGCCAGCGUAAUGUAAAAUCUGUCAUGGAACAAUACCGCUACGGCGAUAAGAGAGCCGCUUUUCAUUUCUCGGUAUAUAAAUAUAUAUACAUACACACACACAUACACAUACACACACAAAUAUAUAUGUAUAGGAAGGAGGACCGAGCCGUUGCCGUCUCGCAGUUAGAUGCAUUAAGGAUAAACGUUUUGUAAACUAAACGAGAACGCUUUCGUGACACGAGAGCUUCUGUGACAUGGAAAGAGGAAAGAAGUGGAUAUGCUUGAAAUAACGAUACAAAUAAAUUCAUGGAUAAAAAUGUUUGAGUUCGAUGCGCUUGGGUCGAUGCAACUGAAUCAGAAAGUUUGCUUCCACCAGAGCCCAUAAUAAUUUAAAAUCUUUUCUUCGUUCUACUUCAAUAACAUUCGAUCGCAGUCUCGAUCAAAACUUUGCUCUUCUUCUCUAUCGCAAUCUGAGUACUGCGAUAUGUGUGUGUUAUCAAUUGUAUAUUUAUUAUAACAGCAAUUAUCAUUGCUCCAAUUUUUUUUAAAUUUAUACACAACACAAUUCAUAGUCUAUCUUUUUAUUACAGAAAGAACGUUAAUCAUGCGUAAUUAUUGUACAUUUUUUUUUUGCAAGUUUCCAUAAAAUAUUUGGUACAAUAUACAAAUGCACUUUCACUCUUUCUUCUUUCCCACGUUACCGGCGUUACGUGACAAUGACAAAUCAAUGACAGAUCAAUAGAGGAGUAAGUGGAGUGCCACUAUGAUGAUUCUGUACAAGUCACUGUGCAUUCUAGCCGUAAGGAUAGCCGAUAGGAUUAGCGACUAAGCAAAAGCAUAUGUAGCGAUGUAUAACACAUAAGUUUAUAUUACAUAAUAAAAUGUGUCGAGAAAAUAAGCGGGCUCCCUUCUCGAUCUUCGAAUACAUAAUAUUUUUCACUUGCGACGUAUGAAUGGUAUUCGUAUAUAAUAAAGUAGUAAUUAUUUCAGGAG